AUGACUGACAGAGUAUUGGACGAUAAAGAAGCAGAGAAGAAAAAGCAGAAAAAGAAGAAGAAAUGGCAAUGGAAGAGGGGAAAGAAGGCCAAGACAGCCGACGCCGAGGAACAGCCGGGCCUCCCAGCCGAGGCCGAGGAACAGCCGGGCCUCACAGCCGAGGCCGGGGAACAGCCGGGCCUCCCAGCCGAGGCCGAGGAACAGCCGGGCCUCACAGCCGAGGCCGGGGAACAGCCGGGCCUCCCAGCCGAGGCCGAGGAACAGCCGGGCCUCACAGCCGAGGCCGGGGAACAGCCGGGCCUCCCAGCCGAGGCCGAGGAACAGCCGGGCCUCACAGCCGAGGCCGGGGAACAGCCGGGCCUCCCAGCCGAGGCCGAGGAACAGCCGGGCCUCACAGCCGAGGCCGGGGAACAGCCGGGCCUCCCAGCCGAGGCCGAGGAACAGCCGGGCCUCACAGCCGAGGCCGGGGAACAGCCGGGCCUCCCAGCCGAGGCCGAGGAACAGCCGGGCCUCACAGCCGAGGCCGGGGAACAGCCGGGCCUGCCAGCCGAGGCUGGGGAACAGCCGGGCCUCACAGCCGAGGCUGAGGAACAGCCGGGCCUCACAGCCGAGGCUGAGGAACAGCCGGGCCUCACAGCCGAGGCUGGGGAACAGCCGGGCCUCACAGCCGAGGCUGAGGAACAACCGGGCCUCACAGCCGAGGCUGAGAAACAGCCGGGCCUCACAGCCGAGGCUGAGGAACAGCCGGGCCUCACAGCCGAGGCUGAGGAACAGCCGGGCCUCACAGCCGAGGCUGAGGAACAGCCGGGCCUCCCAGCCAAUGGCGAAGAACAGGAGAGCCUGACAACCACCUGCAUCAAGCUGUUGCUUCUGACGACCAACUGUGAAGAAGACCAGGCUAUGACAACUAGCUACAUCAGGGAGCUGUCCCUGACGACCGACAGUACAGAACAGUCGGCCCUCAGCGACGGCAAAGAACAGCCAACCCUCAGCAUCUGCGCUGAACAAACACACAACUGCGCAGAGCUCAUGGGCACGUCCAGCAACCUGAUGCUGUCACACCCUCCCUCCAUCCUCCCAUCAGCCCCUGCUGCGGCUCGGGAGUCUGCUGGAAGCUCUCUUUCCAGGGCUGAGGUGAAGGGAACGGGGUGGUUCGGUGGAAUCCGCAACAGCCUCCGAAGAAAGUUUGCGGAGGAGCGCAUCAGUGAGGACGAGGCGCAGAGCGAGAGGCUGGUGCAUACCUUCCUUGGGUUGCCAAACCUGAGGAACACCUGCUACCUGAACGCAACUCUCCAGAGCCUGUUCAAUCUGAAAGGCUUCAUGGAGGAUGUGAAGAGAGAGCAGAGCUCACACUUGCUGAAGUGUGUAGCAGAGCUGCAUGUGGCACGCCGCUGCAGCAGCAGCAGCAAUAAAAAGGCUGAUCUUUUGAAGACUUUGAAAAAUUCAGUCUCCCAGUACUGCAUGGACUUCUGUGGGCAUGAACAACAGGAUGCUCAUGAGUUCCUGAGCGUUCUGAUGUCUCAAAUGAAAGAGGAGGGCUUUCUGCUCAACAUGGACAACGGGCUCCCUUACACCUGCCCAGUUGAGGCCAACUUUGAAUUUGACCUCCUGUCCCGCAGAACAUGCCUCAGCUGCGGGGAGACAGUACGCAAAGUGGAGUCCUAUAACUCCCUGUCUGUGGACCUGGUCCCAGGCGGCUCCGUACAGGACAGCCUGGCACUCUACUUUAAGGACUACGAGGUGGAGUGCCAGUGCUACGUUUGCUUUGCACAGCUGGCCUCAGUAGAGCAGAAACUGCAGUCGCUGCCUCGUGUGUUAGUUCUGCAGCUGAAGCGCUUCAGCUUCAACUCUAAGCUGAAGCUGGUGAAGCUAAAGGAUGAACUGCAGAUCCCCCCAGUGCUGAGCCUGCAGAGCCACAGUGAAGCCCACGCACAGAGGUCAGGGGUGCACAGAACAGCCAGCACCGGGGCCUCAGACGAGCUCAGCCUGCAUCCGAACUGCGUGCCGGGCCGGCCUGCCGCCCCCACCCCCAAACUCCACCAGACCUACGGCGACAGUCAGGAGACCUCCUCCUCAAAAGGGGACGCUGCCACCACAGCAGAGCCAGCCGCCGGGCCGCUAUGAGUACAGGCUCGCCAGCGUGCUGUCUCACCUCGGUCCCAGCAUGCACCACGGUCACUAUAUCAGUGAAUGUGGCGACCGGGAUGGGAACUGGCUCUCGUUCGAUGACGAGAUCGUGAAGAAGACUGACCUCGAGUCAGUGCUUCACCAGAGAGCCAGCAAUGCGUACCUGCUCUUUUACGAGUACAGGGGUGCCAGCAAAUAGACCAGGAAAGAGCAGAACGACAAACACCAGAGCACAGAAAUGGAGAAUACAGAAACACCAGACCACAGAAAUGGAGACCACGGGUCAGCCUUCUUGGCCCACAAACACCAGGGCCAGCCUGUCAAUCAAACACAAUCACACCAGGCCCAACCUCUCAACCAAACACAAUCACACCAGGGCCGGCCUGUCAAUCAAACACAAUCACACCAGGCCCAACCUCUCAACCAAACACAAUCACACCAGGGCCAGCCUGUCAGUCAAACACAAUCACACCAGGGCCGGCCUGUCAAUCAAACACAAUCACACCAGGACCGGCCUGUCAAUCAAACACAAUCACACCAGGGCCGGCCUGUCAAUCAAACACAAUCACACCAGGACCGGCCUGUCAA